AUGAGGCAGAAGAGGGAGCGUAGGCCUGAGGCCCAGGGUGGACAUCAGCCAGUCAUGGCAGCAGCUGAGACUGCCUUGUCCUCCAUCAGUACACUGGCCACGCUGGGCCAGUUCCUGGACACCCAAGAGGACUUCCUCAAGUGGUGGCGCCCCGACGAGACACAGGAUUUGGGCCCGGGUCCCCCGGAACUCACGGGACCAUCCCUUCACGUGAGUCUGAAAUCGCAGCCCCCUCCCGGAGAGGACGAGGAAGAUGAGAGGGACGUGACCUGUGCCUGGGAUCCGGAUCUUUUUCUUACCAACUUCCCAGGUCCCGAGCCGCCAGGCACUCCCCGGACCUGUGCUCUGGUGCCCAACGGGGCUCCGGUGGCACAGUACGCGCCGCCCGAGGCUCUGGGCGGCUAUGCAGGUGGCCCAGGGUUGGUGGCCGGGUCUUUAGGCUCCGAGGAGCACACGGGCUGGGCGCACUCCGCCCCGCGAGCCCCAGCCCCUGAGCCCUUCGUGGUCCCUGACCUGGCCCCGGGAUCUGUGCCCAAGGCGCAGCCUGCAUUCUCCGAUUCGCGAGCGGGCUCGGCAGGCAGUUUCUUCCCGCGGACCGGGCUCGGGGUGCCCACGGCUCCCAGCGCCCCCUACGGGCUGCUGUCAGGGUACCCUGCGCUGUACCCCGCGCCACAGUACCAAGGGCAUUUUCAGCUCCUUCGCGGGCUCACGGCGCCUUCUGCCGGCCCCGCCGCGCCCCCUUCCUUCCUGAAUUGUCUGGGGCCCGGCGCUGUGGGCACAGAACUCGGGGCCACCGCGCUCGCGGGAGACGCAGGCUUGACCCCGGGAGCCGCGCCGCCCAAGCGCAGCCGGCGAGCUUUGGCACGAAAGAGGCAAGCGGCACACACCUGCGGGCACCAGGGCUGCGGAAAGAGCUACACCAAAAGCUCGCAUUUGAAGGCGCACCUGCGCACGCACACAGGAGAGAAGCCUUAUGCCUGCUCUUGGGAUGGCUGCGGCUGGAGGUUCGCUCGCUCUGACGAACUGACGCGCCACUACCGGAAGCACACUGGCCAGCGACCCUUCUGCUGUGGACUCUGCCCACGUGCCUUUUCGCGCUCUGACCACUUAGCUUUGCAUAUGAAGCGUCAUCUCUGA